AUGGUUGGAAUCUGCGGCCUGGUAGACUUCUCCAGGCCAGAGAUGGACUCCGACGAUCUUGUCAAGGAAAGCGGUCAAAACCUGUCCCUUGAACCCUCUGGACUCGUCGACCUUGGCGAUCUUGGCACGCAGUUCAGUGGUGAUCUUCUCCUCGUACUCCUGGUACAAUUGGUCGAUCUUGAGCUCGUUGAAGAGCUGCUUGCACUUGGCCUCCUUGGCUGCGUCUUUGCGGCCAUAGUUCUCGUCCAACAAAGCUCUUUGCUCUGGGGUGCAGAUCUGGAGGGCCGUGUUGAUCACCCACGAACACUUGUUGUCCAAAAUGUCGGUUCCAACCUUACCAAUGUCCUCUGGUUUUCCAAAACAGUCGAGAUAGUCGUCCUGGAUCUGGAAGUACUCACCCAAUGGGAUCAAAACGUCGUGGGCCUGCUUGAGGUCAGCAUCGUCGGCAACACCAGCCAUAUACAUGGCAAGAGCCACGGGCAGGUAGAACGAGUAGUAUGCAGUUUUGUAGAUGACGAUGAAGGAGUGCUUGCUCAAGGAGAACUUGGAAAGGUCGACAGAGUCCUCUGGAGCGGUGAUCAGAUCCAACAAUUGUCCCAACUCGGUUUGGAAAGUCACGUCAUGGAACAGUUCCAACAGGUUGACGUAAUAGGAGUCCUCUCUGAAGUAUUUCUUGAGCAACACGUACAAGGCACCUUCGAGCAUGAACGAGUCGUUGAUGGCGAUCUCAUUGACACCUUCGACUCUGUACCAGCAGGGUUGACCUCUUCUGGUGAUAGACUUGUCCAUCAUGUCAUCGGCAACAAGGAAGUAGGCCUGCAACAACUCGAUACACCAGCCGAGAAUUGCAGUCUUCUUGUACUCCUCCUCGCUGAAGUCAUCGAGCGACUUGUAACCUUUCAAAAGCGCAUAAGUGUCCACCACCGACAACCCUCUGUUGAGUUUCCCACCAGGGGUGUUGUAGUUCAAACUGCCCUUGAACCAUUCAAUGGCAUCUUCCGGCAUUCCAUAUUGCUUGGUAACCGCAACGAGGUCGUCGACCAAGUCUGGGAAGACGGCCAAAAACUUUGUUCUUGA